AUGGCAGUUUCUACCCAACAGAUCGCAACAAGUGUGGCUGAACCAUGGCGAGACCUUAGAGGCAAGACUGUGAUGGUUACCGGUGCAUCCUCAGGUAUUGGCUGGGAGUUGUGUAUCGACUUAGCCAAUGCUGGUUGCAAGAUCAUUGCUGCUGCACGUCGAACUAACAAACUCAAGGCUCUAUGCCAUGAAAUUAACAACAUGCAAAUCUCUAAUGUUCAUGCAAACGAAGGUGACGCCAUUACGCAUGAUGUCUUGGCAGUGGCACUUGAGCUUGAUAUCUGUGCCGAUGGUCCUACCAUCGAAGCCGCUGUGCAAAAGGCUUGGUCGGCUUUUGGCUGCAUCCAUGUUUUGAUCAACAACGCCGGUAUUAGAGGUCCGGUAGAAAGUGCAUUGGAUUUAUCUGAAGUAGAUUGGGAAAAAACUUUUAGAACAAAUCUUACAGGAUCAUGGUUAGUGUCAAAGUAUGUUUCUCGUCAUAUGAUUGCUUUCAAUCAAGGAGGAUCCAUAAUCAACAUGUCUUCUAUUUCGGGUCUUAAUUGUACUCAAUCUCCAGGAAGUAUUGCAUAUAGUUGUUCUAAGUCUGCUUUUAAUAUCAUGACACAAGUGAUGUCUAUGGAACUUGGAAACCACAAAAUAAGGGUAAACUCAAUAUGUCCUGGCGUUUUUAAAUCUGAGAUUACGGAGGCACUCUUACAAAAGAAAUGGUUAAAAGAUGUGGUUUCAAAAAUUAUACCAUUGAGAAAUUUUGGCACUACCGAUCCCGCUUUGACCACGUUGGUUAGAUACCUAAUCCAUGACUCAUCAAACUGCAUCACCGGUAACAUUUUUAUUGUAGAUGCAGGAACCACUUUAGUAAGUAUACCGAUUUUUUCGUCACUUUGA